AUGGGUACCGCGGCCAGCGAGCCUUGUGAGUCGGUCCACGAGGAGUUGGGGCACAGAGCGGAACGAGGAAGCACCACUUUGGAGUCUCCGCUCCCUGAGCGGCUCCGUGGCUUGCUGGAGUCCUUCGACCGGACUGAGACCGGGCUCUCAGAGGCCUUGGCGCUGCUGGGGCUCCAGAACUUUGACAACUUGGACAAUUUUGUUCCAGUGUCAGAGCUGCAGCCUGCAACGCAGCACCUGAUUGAUCGCCUGGGCUGCCGGCACCCUGCCACGCUGCAGCGUGUCUCAGCCGUCUAUGCCUCCGUUGCUGGCCGAGAAGGCUUGAGCCUCACGGAGUUUCAGGGCUACGUGGCCUGUGUCCUCACGCAAAUACUGCGAGAGCUCGAAGCUACCGCAGGCCGAGCCCAAGCACCACCAGAUCUUCAGAGCUACAACCAACUCAGCCUCAGCCAGCCUGCAGUGACUGCAGUGACUGCAGCUGCAGUGGAGGGGGGUCAAAAGUGGCCCUCGCACAGCGACCUGGAGCGCCUCAUGGAGGAGCUCAGCUCGUUGAACCGAUCUUUGGAGGAAGGGCGCGCAGACACGACAAGCUUGGCGAGCAUAGAGAGCGCUCCGCAUGUACCUGCACUGACAGUGCCCUCUGAGUCCUCUGAGCUUGCACUCGCGUCGCCCAGCUCUGGUCAAGGAGUCGAGAAGGAGCUGCGACUGCUAUCACAUGAGCUUGAUCUUCUAAGCCAGUCCUUGGGCGCAAAGGGCGCUGCGACAACGACGGGGUCGGUCACCGAAGCAGUUUUCGACACUGGGAGCAUGGCAGCGGUGCCAGCGGUGCCAGCGGUGCCAGCGGUGCCAGCGGUGCCAGCGGUGCCGGCGCAGGAGAGUUUGGUGAACGCGCCAGACACGCAAUGUUACUCGCAGCCCGUGCAGCCUGCGCAGCCCUCGCAGCCGCAUCAACUGGGCGGGUUCCACACCAGUUCGUGCCCACCAGGGUUUGUAAUUGAUCCGGGCAACACCUACGCCAGAGCAGUGCGGGACGCUUCGUGGAAAAGGCCUCUGGAGAUGGGCAUCGCGGUGCCCCGCAAUGUGGAUCAUGCGCUUGAUCCGUCCUUUCCAGCGCGGCCGUGGACCAGCGAGGAUCUCGCCGAAGUGGACUUAGACAAAGAGGUCUAG